AUGGGCCGCCUCGAGGACGUUGAGGCCGACAUGGCCAUGAGCCUCUCCCAGAUGCGCGCAGCGGAGAAGACUGCCCAGGCCGGCUUCGAGCGGGACGCCCAGGACAUGAAGCUUGAGAAGACGCAGAAGGAGAAGGACAUUGAGUACAAGACAGCCGAGGCACAGCGCCUGGACGGCGAGCUCAACGACCUGAAUGCUGAUCAAGAGAGCAUGCAGACGGAGAUGAGCGCGAUCCUCGACUUCACGAAAGGCUUGGAGGCUGAGUGCCUGGUCACGCCGGAGUCCUUCGCGGAGAAGCAUCUCGGGCCUAGCUUUGUUUAG